AUGGCCUGGCCCUGCCCUUCUCCCCCCCUGGGUGCAAACCCUGAUUGUGGCUGGUUCGGGUGGCUCACCAAGGGCGACACCGGCGCCGGCGGCGGCGGCGGCGCGUCGGCGGCGCAGCGGCAGGCCAACGCCCUGCUGGACCAUUCCUUGGAGUCGUCGCGCGCGGGCAAGCCGAGGAGCGAGCAGGAGGAGGUGCAGGUGGAGGUCAUCCGCCUGCUGGUGUCAUCCUAUUUCGACAUCGUCCGCCACAACCUGGCGGACAUGGUGCCCAAGUGCCUCAUGCGCCACCUGGUGCACCACAGCCAGCGGGGCAUGCAGCAGCACCUCAUCGCGGCGCUAUACAGCCCGGGGCGGCAGAGCCUGGCGGCCCUGCCGCCCCGGCCGCUCGACGCCGCAUGA